GUCAACAAACUAACUUUUGUCAAAUAAACGUCAAUCAAGAGGAUUUGGAAAUAGUUGUACGAUAAAAUAAAAUCUAAAAUCAAAUCAAUUAUUCCAUGAUAUAUGUAAAAUGUAGUCGUAAAUUCUGCAGAUCUUUCGCAUUUAUUAUUACUGAUAUGCUGCGUACUUAAAUAUAAUUUUGCUCAAGUGAUUUGACUGACCCCGUACCCAGAAUGUGUUCCACAAUGGCUAACUCUGCUAAUUCAAGAUAUAUGUCGAGAUACUCUGCGUUUAGCCCGUACUGGUUGAGAGACAGGGAGAUGGGCUACGGUACGCCCGUUGGGGCUGGAGACGCGAUGGCUCGCAGUCUGUAUUGCGGUAUGAAGCCCAUGGCAUCUUGGGACUGCGAUCAAGCAAAUGUGCUGCCCACUGGUGGAGUGUUCAAUCUUGAAUUUUCCCCUGAAGGUACACUGUUGGUAGCCGCAUGUGAAAAGAAGUCCAUACAAAUAUUUGACCCACUCACACAUAAGAGGAUCCACACAGUCAAUGGAGCUCACACGGAUUGUGUAAACUGUGUAAAAUUCUUAGAUGGACGAAUGUUUGCUACAUGCUCGGAUGACACUACAAUAGCUUUAUGGGAUGUCCGGAACAUGAACAAGAAGAUUCGGUCUCUUCUCGGCCAUUCGUCUUGGGUUAAAAACAUUGAGUUCUCAUUCAAGGACAAGUUACUUGUUACUUCAGAACUAAAUGGCAGUAUUUACACAUGGGACAUAAAUUCAUACACAGAAUGUAAUUUGGUAUACCAAAGAGUUUUUCAUGCCUCCGGCCUGAUGAGGUGCCGGCUGUCUCCGGAUGCAAAGCAGAUGGUGAUGUGCACGACAGGAGGACUCCUGGUCAUUAUACAUAAUCUCAAUUUGUCAACAUUAGCAAAGGAUUUACAUGGAUUUAAGCCAAACCUAUACCGGCUGAUGCAGAGUAGCCACCAGCUGAUCCCGAUCGCAGCGACCUAUGACCACCUGUUCGACGAGAGCCGGAAGGAAAACAGAGUAGAGUUCGUCUCGGAUUUCCCUGACGGCAACGACGCGAAGGUCGUCAGCUCGUUGCAGAUACAUCCAUUAGGCUGGAGUGCUUUGAGUAGAAAUAUUAGUCACGACGACAGAUCAGAGUGGUCGUGCAUCCACGACAUCCAGCCGUGCGCGCCCAGCAACAAGUCGACGCGCGACCCGGCGCCCCCGCGCGCGCAGUGGGGCGCCCGCCGCCCGGCGCCCCGCCGCUCGCUGCGCCGCGUGCGCCCGCGCCCCGCGCACCGCCCCACGCCCGCCCCCGUCGCCUCCACCUCCGCCGCUGACGGACCAUCGACAACAGAAGGAUCGGAGCGAGACAGAAGCAGUCCCCGGUCGGCGGAGCCCGAGGCGGGGCCGAGCUCCCGCGCGGAGCCCGCCGCCUCCGAGCGCCUGCAAGGGGGUUUGUCAAGUAUACAGAAUGACGUGUGGGAGGCAUCUAUUACAAUCAAACAACACAGAGUACUUCAAGAAUUAUAUAGAAGUUACCACAUUUCCAGAGGAGUGGGUCGCAAUUUCAACAUGCAGCGUAUAAUGGGAAUCAACACGGGCAUCGCCCCGCCCGCGGCGCUGCGUCCGCGCGCGUUGCGCUCCGCCGCCGUGCGGCUGCUGCCCUCCGCCACGCUGCAUCGACCGCAUUCCGAAGACAGUACAUCGUCAGCGUCGACGUCGAGCCCGUCCCGCGGCAGAGCGAGCGCGAGCGUGAGUGACGAGGACAGAGACACCAAGCACUACAUCCGACAGAACCGGGACCGGCUGCUCUACUACAUCGAGGAGACCAACGAGGGCAAAGGGUUUAUCAAGGAGCUGUGUUACUCCGCGGACGGGCGGCUGGUGUGCUCACCGUUCGGGCGCGGCAUGCGGCUGCUGGCGCUGAGCGAGGACUGCGGCGAGCUCAGCCACUGCGUGCAGGACUUCCAGGGCCCCGUGCCCAUGGUCGACGUGGGCCAGAGCCUCGGCAUACACCAGGACCUGGUGGUGAGCUCGAAGUUCAACCCGCGGUACCACAUGCUGGUGACGGGCUGUCUCGAGGGCAAGAUCGUGUGGUACGAGCCUUACAGCGGCGAAGCUAUGUACUAGAUACUUAAAUAAAGUAGUUUUAUCACAUC